AUGUUGAAUCGUUUGAAAAUAAAAUAUCGUGAUCAUUAAUUAAGGUUAGGUCGGACUUCUUUAGGUUAAAUUGAAUGAUUUAAAGAAGCAAAAGCUUCUUAUGAUAAACUAUUGUUUGCUCCCUAAAAGUUGCUGGAAUAACACACGUCGGAAUUUUUUGCCCCAAAAUUGCGAAACAAAUAAUAAAUUUAUCACUUCUUAGUCAUUCCUAUCCAGAAUUCAAAAAGAAAGCGACACAUUAUUGUAUAGAGUUUGGUCACUCGUUAUGGUCCGCGAACCAGUUGCCAGUGCAAGAGGUUAACUUGUAGAGAACAUUUUAGUCCUAAAAUUGCAAUAUUUUCUCAGUUUUAAGUGCAUUUAAAUAUAAUCCAGGCAAAACAAAUUAAUAAAUUUAUCACUUCUUAAUAAUUUCUAUCCAGAAUUCAAAAAGUAUUAUUGUACACGGUUUGGUCACUCGUUAUGGUCGGUGA